GGGGGCUGCCGGGGCCGUGGCGGGUGGGGCGGAGCCGCUGCGGGAGGGCGGCGGGGGGGGGUCCCGGUCCCGAUUCCGGUCCCGAUCCCGAUCCCGGUCCCGAUCCCGAUCCCCGUCCCCGUGUCGCCGCCGGGAUGUUCUUCACGUGCGGCCCCAACGAGGCCAUGGUGGUGUCGGGUUUCUGCCGCAGCCCCCCCGUGAUGGUGGCCGGGGGCCGGGUGCUGGUGGUGCCGUGUCUGCAGCAGAUCCAGCGGAUCUCCCUGAACACCCUGACCCUCAACGUGCGCAGCGAGAAGGUGUACACCCGCCACGGCGUCCCCAUCUCCGUCACCGGCAUCGCCCAGGUGAAGAUCCAGGGGCAGAACAAGGAGAUGCUGGCGGCCGCCUGCCAGAUGUUCCUGGGCAAGUCGGAGAGCGAGAUCGCCCAGAUCGCCCUGGAGACCCUGGAGGGCCACCAGCGCGCCAUCAUGGCCCACAUGACCGUGGAGGAGAUCUACAAGGACCGGCAGAAGUUUUCGGAGCAGGUUUUCAACGUGGCCUCAUCCGACCUGGUCAACAUGGGGAUCAGCGUGGUCAGCUACACCCUGAAGGACAUCCACGACGACCAGGAUUACCUGCACUCGCUGGGGAAGGGCCGCACGGCGCAGGUGCAGCGUGAUGCCCGCGUAGGGGAGGCCGAGGCCAAGCGGGAUGCCGGCAUCCGCGAGGCGCGGGCGCGCCAGGAGCAGGUGUCGGCGCAGCUGCUGAGCGAGACGGCGAUGGCACAGGCCCAGCGGGAUUUCCAGGUGCAGCAGGCGCUGUGCGACGCCGCCGUCAACGCCCGCAAGGCCCAGGCCGACCUGGCCUACCAGCUGCAGGUGGCGAGGACGAAGCAGCAGAUCGAGGAGCAGCGGGCGCAGGUGCUGGUGGUGGAGCGGGCACAGCAGGCGCAGCUGCAGGAGCACGAGAUUGGCCGCCGCGAGCGCGAGCUGGAGGCCACCGUGCGCAAACCCGCCGAGGCCGAGCGGUAUCGCCUGGAGCGGCUGGCCGAGGCUGAGCGGUUGCAGGUGAUGAUGCAGGCGGAGGCGGAGGCGGAGGCCAUGCGGGUGACGGGGGCGGCGCGGGCGGCGGCGGUGGCCGCCCGGGCGCGGGCGGAGGCGGCGCAGACGGAGGCGAAAGCCGAGGCCUUCGGGCAGUUCCGCGAGGCCGCCGUGGUCGACAUGGUGCUGCAGCGGCUGCCCCAGGUGGCGGAGGCGGUGGCGCAGCCGCUGCUGGGGACGCGCCGGGUGACGCUGGUGGCCGGGAGCUCCGGGGACAUCGGGGUGGCGCGGCUCCCCGGGGAGAUCCUGGACGUCGUCACCCGCCUGCCCGCCGCCGUCGAGGCCCUGACGGGCGUCAGCGUCACCCAGGCCGCCCAGAAGAAGUCAGACUGCGUGGCCUGAGCCGGUGCCACCGUGUCCCCAAGGUGCCACCGAGCGCCGGUGGCACCCUGUCCCCCAGGGUGUCCCCAAGGUGCCACCACCCUCUGGAGCCUCUGCGUCCCCACAGUGCCACCGCCCCAUGGUGCCACCACGUCCCCACCGUGUCCCCGUGGUGCCACCACCCCUAUGGAGCCCUUGUGUCACCCAAGUGCCACCACGUCCCCAUGGAGCGACCGUGGCCCCGCGAAGUGCCACCAACCCCCCAGUGCCACGUUGCGUCCCUCCCACCCCUUCCAGCGGGGUCCCUGGGGUGGGGGACACGUCCCCCUGUGUGUCCCCAUGGCUGUCCCCGUGUCAUUAAAGCUAUCGCGUCCGCGCCCUGCA